AUGACUGAUGACGUGGCCUGGGAGCGGGUGUCCCCAGGGCGGAGCUCCCGCCCGCCUGCCCGCUUGCGCAGUGGGUGGCCGGCAGAGGCCGGAGUUGAGAGAAGGCGGAGAGUUCCAGGUCCCGCCGCAGAGCAGACUUCCUGCUUGGCAGACAGCCCGAGUGAGCUACGGUGGGGGACCCCGGGAGCCAGGGGGUGCACGCGUGAUGCCAUACUGGAUGCGCUGGAGAACCUGACCGCUGACGAGUUCAAGAAGUUCAAGAUGAAGCUGCUUUCAGUGCCGCUGCGCGAAGGCUACGCACGCAUCCCACGGGGGACGCUGCUGCCCAUGGAUGCUGUGGACCUCACCGACAAGCUCGUCAGCUACUAUCUGGAGGCGUAUGGUGCCAACCUCACGGCGCUCGUGCUUCGCGACAUGGGCGUGCAGGAGGUGGCGGAGCAGCUGCAGGAGACCUUGGGCAAAGGCCCUGGAACUGUGCCAACCGAGAUGAAGGCCCCUCGCCAGACAGCAGCCAAGCCAGCACUGCACUUUGUGGAGCAGCAUCGGGCGGCCCUCAUUGCGCGGGUCACAGACGUGGAUGGGGUGCUGGACGCCCUGUACGGGAAGGUCCUGACAGAGGAGCAGUACCAGGCAGUGCGGGCGGAGCGCACCGAUCCUACCAAGAUGAGGAAGCUCUUCAGCUUUGCUCCAGCCUGGAACCUGACCUGCAAGGAUCUGCUCCUCCAGGCCCUGAGGGACAGCCAGCCCUACCUGGUGGUCGACCUGGAGCAGAGCUGA